GUGAAAGAUGGACACAUGAGUAAAGGCAGAGAAUUCCAGCUAGAACAUCCCAGUCAUAGUAUGGCCCAUCGCCAUGGUGACCUAUACAUCACGUCAGGCACUGCCCUGUACCUCUACGACUUGAAUGGGACACAGAUAAAAAAGCUGUAUGAGGAUACCUGUAGUAAAGGUAGUACAGUGGCCAAGUGUGCUGCGAGUCCCAACGGGAACAUGAUCUAUGUAAUCAACCAACCCUGCCAUCAACUCCUAACCCUGGCCAGGGAUGGCACUGUACUGUCCUAUUUCACAGACCCACAGCUUAAAUACCCAAGUGUCUGCGUUUCCCCUGCAGGACAGGUUUUGGUUUGUGAUUAUGCCUCUGAAAUUGUUAUGCAAGUGGACAGAGAGGGGAAGAGGCAGAUAGCUAUUGUUACUAAAAUCAGUAGACCCACAGCAGUGUUUUACAGCAGAGAUGACCUUGUUAUGUUGACAAGCCAGUCAUCCAUUGUACUUUAUGUAUACAAUUCAGAGGUCAAUCAAAGCUUGAACAAACAUAGAACAUAAAUCUGGUUAAGGCUCUAAUGUUUGUAAAAUAGAAGCAAAAUAUUUUGUGUAACAUGCAGUCCAUAUUCAAAAAUAAUACCAAAAAUAAUUCAAUGCUUGCAUAAUUUUCUUAAUGAAAGAAAAUAAUGAUCAUUUCACU